ACUAUAAGAUUAGCUUUAGCAUUUCAAAAUAUUCGCAAAUCGAAAUUCCGAUCGCUUUUCUCAGAAGAGAAAGGUAUUUGCUUGGCAUAUGCGGGUGUCUGAUAUUCUUGAAAUGUCAACUAGCUCCCGAAAUGACAUUGACUACCAUUUUGAUGUUGAGGAACUACUAGAGAUUGGGACAAGAUGCAGCGAGCUACGAAAAGAAAAAGAGAUGUUGAAAGAAUCACAAUCCCAGAGCUUUGAACUAAUCAAGAGACUAGAACAACAUGUGAGAUCAUUAUCAGAAGCCCAUACCCAAGACAAGAAACAUAUUCAGAAGUUGGAAACGGAGUUGAUGAACUGUUCACAAGAAAUAGAUUACUUGCAGGAUCAACUAAAUGCAAGUAAUGCAGAGAUUAUCUGUCUAAGUGAGCAUGCACACAACCUUGAAUUAAAAUUAUCAGACAUGGACAGUUUACAGGAGCAGGUAGAGCGGUUGAGGGAGGAGUUGAGGAGGUCCAAUUCUGACCGAGUAUUAAUGAUGCAACAAAUAGAGAGCAAAGAAUUUGAGUUGCAAAACUCAGCCUUGUGCAUAGAGAAAUUGGAGGAGUCGAUUUCAUCCAUUGCACUGGAUUCCCAGUGUGAAAUAGAGAGCAUGAAGCUUGAUUUAAUGUCCAUGGAGCACAAUUUCUUUGAAGCUAAGAAAAUCCAGGAGGAAAAUGCUCAAGAAAAGGCUCAGAUGAGUCUUUUCAUUGAAGAGCUUGAUGUUCAGGUUCAGAAUGCCCAAGAAAUUAUAAAAAAUUUAGAUAAGGAAAAUAAAGAGCUAAGAGAAAAGGUUUUUAAAUAUGAAAAGAAAGCUGGUGUUUUUUGUCAGAAGAUCAGUGAAUGGCUGGAAGGCAAUGAUAGAUCACAAUUUAAUGUGCAGUCUUUCUUAAAGGAACUGGAGACAAAGCUUACAUUAGAAGAUAUGAGGUUAGUUGCAAGCCAAAAUUUCUUACAGUUUUCCUUCAAGUUACAAGGUUAUCAUAUGUCAUCAAAUAUUGUUGGGCUGUGUGAUGAUGGAAGGAAUAAACCUUUCAUUCAGCUCCUACAUGUGUUUACUGUUGAGUAUUUAAUAUAUUCUUUUCCCACAAACUUGUUUUAAACUAUCUGAUUUAAUGGUCCUAAAUUAUUGGGGCAUAUUCCUCUGAGGGUUAAGGAUAUAUUUUCCAGGACUAGUAGAAAUAACCCUGUAAAGCUUGUUGGUGUAGGUUUUGUUUCCUUAAAUUGGCAGAUCUACAUUCUUCUUUUAGUACCAAGCAAGGUUUAAUAUUUAGACAAGUUUCAAUUUUAAUGAACUAGUAACAUAUAGUAGUAAUUUUGAAGUGUCUCUGGAGAAGCAUCUGUUGUAUUUUCCGAAGCAUCAUCUGUACCAGCUUCAGAUGGAGAUUUUAAGGAAAAGAUAGAGAGCAUGCCACAACAGAUACAUGAAUAUAAAGUUAUAGUGAAGCAGCUUAAGGUGAGUUUUGACUUAGUUUUGCAUUUUUAUC